AACCUUUAUUGAAAGCAAACGAUGAGCUAUAUUUAUCUCUAAAGACAGAAAUCUACGUUAAUCUACGUGUCAACUCACAAGAUAGAUUAACAUUAGGGAGGAACCUGCUACCCAAUGUUAUUUUGGCAAUUAAUCGUCGUUCGAUUAGUGGCAAUUCCUCUGUAAAGUAUAUGGAUAUUAGCAAAGAUGAUGAUAUGAAAUGGCGACCAACCACACAUUUGUUUUUUUGUCCACCUCGCAAAGACGUGACAAUGGUGGUCUCUGAAAACGGAAUAAUAAUUGCAAUUGGCGGCACAAAUAUGUAUGAUGAUUAUAUCAAUAGUGUAGACGAACUUGACCUUAAGUUAAAAAAAUGGGUUCCUACAUCACAGCUCAUACAUCCUCGAAAAAGUUUUGCCGUCUGUACUAAUAAGCAGUUUAUUUAUGUCGUAGGAGGCUAUGAUCUUGUAUCUCAACAAUUUUCUAAUUCAGUAGAAUAUUAUGAUACAAAUACAAAAUUAUGGACGGAAAUUAUUGAACCCAUGCCCACGGCUCGAGACUCGUGCAGUGCUAUAAUCAAUAAUAAUCAGUUAUAUGUUUUUGGUGGAUAUGACUUUAAUUAUCUUGCGACUGUAGAAUACUAUGAUUUUGAAAACAAGUAUUGGGAACAACUCGAUCCUAUGCCUAUCGCCAAUUCUAAGAUGGCUAUUACUAGAAUAAAUAAUUUCAUUUAUCUCAUCGGCGUUGUAUUUGGACACACUAGAAUUUUUAAAUUCGAUGUACACCAUUUCAAAUGGGAUGAAAUUCCUAACAUGCAUUCGGGAAAACAGUUUGCCACACACAACGUGGUUAACAAAAAAAACGACUUAAUCGUGUUUAUAAAUGAUGGACAACUUACUUGUGAAAGAUAUGAUGUAGAAAACAAACAAUGGUUUCGGGUUGACACUGAAUUCAAUUUCAAGCCAUCACCAGGAAAUGGUCAUAUCAUUUAUUUUAAUGAUUAUAUUUUGAAAUCGUAUGGUAUUCACUUAUAAGUUAUAAUUCAUUUAUUUAUAGAUAUCAUUGUAUGACUUUAAUUUUGUAUUGAAAUUAUUAUUGAAACCAUUUAA